CCGCAAAAGCCUUUUUACCGAAAACGUAUCUUAAAUAAGUUGAAACCCUAACCCUCCUCCUCCUUCACUCAUCCCCUCUCCCACAUUUUGCAGGAAGAACCACGCCGACCUGAUUUCUUAGCUCCACAAAGCCGCCAUGUCGAAGAGGAAGACCCGAGAGCCGAAGGAAGACAACGUCACUCUUGGACCUGCCACCCGUGAGGGAGAACUUGUGUUUGGUGUUGCACAUAUCUUUGCAUCUUUCAAUGACACAUUCAUUCAUGUGACUGAUCUCUCUGGAAGAGAAACCAUGGUUCGUAUUACAGGUGGGAUGAAGGUGAAGGCUGACCGGGAUGAAUCUUCACCCUAUGCUGCUAUGCUUGCUGCACAAGAUGUCUCCCAGCGUUGCAAGGAGCUAGGUAUCAAUGCUCUUCACAUAAAGCUGCGGGCUACUGGAGGUAACAAGACCAAGACACCUGGCCCGGGUGCCCAGUCAGCCCUCAGAGCUCUUGCUCGUUCUGGCAUGAAGAUUGGCCGCAUAGAGGAUGUUACCCCAAUUCCAACUGACAGCACCAGGCGAAAGAGUGGUAGAAGAGGAAGGAGGCUGUGAUCUGAUUAUAUUCUGCUGCAUUUCAAAAUGUGGUAUUAUGUUGGAUCAAGUUUGUUUUUUGGUCGACAAUUUACUUUGCUUUAUGAUGUUUUUUAUAGACCGUUUUUAUUUCUAGUGUUGGAUUGAAAAGAAUGGUUGUUUUGAUUGCCGGUUUUGAUCGGUCUCUUGACAGUCAUCUAAAAACUUGUUUUAAGAUAAGUUUCAUUUUGGAUUUAA